AUGGCACUUGACGACCUGCCCCCACUCGGGAGCAGGGAGCUGGAGGCCCUGCUCAUGGAGGGCCUCAAGCCGCUAGACGAGGUGCCCUACCCUCUCAUGGACCAACCCUCCGCAGAGUGGCUGCUGGACCCGAGCCCCGCAGGCGAGCCAGUGCCGCGCCGCCACCCCCUGCUGCCGCCACGGGCUGCCGCCACCACAGCUGGCGGUCUCGCCCUGGCCUGUGGCCCCCGGCAGCCGGUAGUGGAGAGGAGCGGCGCCCCGCUGGCUGGCGCACCCGCGGCAGCGUUUGGCAUGACCAGCCCUGGUGCUGACACGUCAGCCCUGCCGGCAGCCCUGCCAGACAUGUUUCUGGAUCCCUUCAUGGGGUCCAUGGCAGACUUUGUGCCCAUGCCGCCCCUGGGCGGCGACACCUUCAUCCCGCCCCCCAUGCAAGCCAGCAGCGGCGACGGCAGCGGCGACGGCAGCGCGCACUACGGGCUGGCGGCGCCAACCAGCAGCGGCGACGCCGCGCCCACGUCGGCGCCGCGCAAGGGGCGCGGCGCGGGCGGCAAGAAGGAGCUCAGCGAGGCGCAGAAGGAGCGGAUCAAGGCCAAGAACAGGCGCGCCCAGAACCGCUACCGCGAGAAGCAGAAGCAAAAGGCGGUGGCUGCGGAGCAGGAGUUCAACGACACAGCGGUGCAGCUGGAGCGCAUGCGCCUCGAGAAUGCCCGGCUGCAGGAGCAGCACGCCGCCAUGCAGAAGGUGCUGAACGUGCGGGAGAGUGCGAUGGAGGUGCUGCAGGCGGGCAAGGCGGCGGACGAGGAGGAGCGGCAGGCGGCGGGCGAGGCGACGCAGGCGCUGCCCUGCGGCUGCUCCACCCCCGAGGCGUGCACCUGCGAGCAGGCGGCAGCGCCCGCGGGCGCCCGCCCCCCCUCGCAGGCCCUGCAGCAGGCGGGGGCGCACAAGGGCGGCAAGCAGGGCGGCAAGAAGGGCGGCGGCUGCCCGCUGACGGGCCUCACCCUCAGCCAGAUCGCGGAGCUGAAGAAGACGCCGCCCGAGGUGCUCAAGCAGAACUGGAAGAGCAUCGCGCAGCGCCUCGAGAUCAUCCUGCAGCAGAAAGCGGCGGCCGAGGGCAGCGCGGACCCCAGCCUGGUGGCGCGCACCGAGGCGCUGGAUGAGCAGCUGUCGGAAGUUCUGUACGAAGGGGGCGCGGUGCAGCUGAGCGCGCAGCAGCUGGACCGGGUGGCUGCGGCGCGCGCCAACUUCCUGCAGCGCAUCCAGGAGGUGUGCGCCGAGCGGCGCCUCAUCUUUGACCGCCUGCAGGCCAUCCAGGUGCCCACCACGCUGCGAGCCAUGCAGCAGGCCACCGCAUCAUGGCUCCAGGUGCACGAGGCGACGGCGGAUCUGAGCGCCAACAUGACUCAGGAGCACUGCGUGUGCAUGAGCUUCGUGCGGGACGCCUUUGGCUACGUGCUCUCCCCGCAGCAGGCGCGUGGGGCAUCGCAAAAGGGGGUGGCUGUGGUGCGCUCCUACCCCUACUUUCCAGAAAUGUACAGCAUCGGUACCGCGGCGCUGCAGGCCGCCGGGAGCCUGGGCGCGGGCGACAACCGCAGGCUGCUGGCCGCCAGGGGGCCCGCCGCCGCCGGGGCCGCCGCCACGCCCGUGGCGGUGGCCGUGAACUGA